AACAACCAUCAUCAUAUCUCUAAAUUAGGGAAGAUAAAGAAUUGUGAUGGUCCAUAAGAAUAAUAAAGCUCACUCUUUACAUAAAAACUUCAUCACAAUAGUCUUCUUCUUGACAUUAUUCUCAGAAGAGGAAGCCGUAACACCUCCACCCCUGCCAAUCCUCCCUCUCCCCACCUUCUCUCAACUCAAAUGGCAACAGAGGGAGCUUAUCCUCUUCUUCCACUUCGGCGUUAACACUUUCACGGGCAAUGAAUGGGGCACCGGCAAAGAACUUCCCUCUGUCUUCAACCCAACCUCUUUCAAUGCCAGCCAAUGGAUUGAAACCGCUGCCCUAGCCGGCGCCUCCCUCGUCAUCCUCACGGCGAAGCACCACGACGGGUUUUGCCUAUGGCCUUCAAACUACACCGAUCACUCAGUUAGAAACAGUCCGUGGCAAAAAGGGCGUGGCGAUGUGGUCCGAGAGGUUGUCGAUAAAGCGAAGGCGUGUGGUGUUGACGUGGGGUUGUACCUCUCCCCGUGGGAUCGACAUGAUCGCCGAUAUGGCAAUAGCCAUGCUUACAAUGAGUAUUACUUGGCCCAAUUACAAGAACUUCUUAAUAAGUAACUAUGGUAGCGUUAGAGAAAUAUGGUUUGAUGGAGCAAAGAGUUCAGAUGUACCAAACAUGGAUUACUAUUUCAGCGAUUGGUUUGCGAUGGUGAGGGAGUUGCAAGGCACAAUCAACAUAUUUUCAAAUGCUGGGCCUGACGUGAGAUGGGUCGGCAAUGAGAAUGGGUUUGCAGGCACCACUUGUUGGUCCACCAUUAAUCGGACCUCACUCUCAAUCGGCAGCGGGGCCCCUCUUGAUUAUCUAUACAUGGGUGACCCGAAAGGUACAAACUGGACUCCAGCAGAAUGUGACAUUUCAAUCCGACCCGGUUGGUUUUGGCACCACAACGAAAAACCGAAACCUCUAGGUGUUCUACUUGAAAUUUAUUACAACUCGAUUGGGAGAAAUUGUGUGUUACUAUUAAACGUGCCGCCAAACACGGACGGAUUGAUAUCAGAUUCUGACGUGUCACGCCUGAAAGAGUUCAAAAGCGCGAUCGACACCAUAUUUUCAGUCAACUUGGCCCGAAACUGCUCAGUCCAAGCAAGCAGCGUGAGGGGAGGCCCGGACGGAGAAGACAAGUUCGGGCCUAUGAAUACAUUGGACGGGGAUGAUUUGUGGACUUAUUGGGCCCCGAGUGAUGAGGACAAUGGGCCUUAUUGGGUUGGGCUGAAUGCAACCAACAAAGACCCGAUUGAGUUCAACGUUGUGAGAAUUCAAGAAGCUAUAGGACUUGGUCAGAGAAUAGAAGGGCAUGAAAUCUACGUGGAUGGGGUUAAGGUUGGUAAUGGGACCACGGUGGGGUACAAGAAGCUGCACAGGUUGGAGAAUGGAGCUGUUAAAGGAAAUGUUGUGAUGAUCAAAAUAACUGAAUCAAAAGCACCGCCAUUGCUUUCAUCUAUUGGUCUUCAUUUUGAUCCCUUUUGGCACCCUAACACUAAUUCAUUUCACUAAAAUGGUGAUUUAAACAUGUUCUACAAAUAAUUGGUUUAGAAAUUAGAAUGUUGUAUGAAUCCAAGAAGCUAUACAAUUUGGUCAAAGGAUAAAAUGUUAUGAAUCUAGUAACAGGCUUUGUAACAUUUGCUUACAGCAAACUUGAUGACACUAGUCAUUAUACCACUUUAACCUUGGAUUUUAA